AAGUGAACUUACACAAGUUUUAUCUACGCCAGCAUAUCAAUAUAGACAUAUCCUCGCAGAGAAGCUACAGUUCAACCAGUUGAUUCCAGUCUGUCGUUCCUUUUGUUUUGUUUUUGAUAUACUACCAAUACGAUGCAAUUCUCCUUAUCAGUUUUAACUACAAUUGCCACUACUUUAUUGGCUUUGACUGCUCCAGUCGAUGCCAAAGUCCACAGUGCCAAGUUGACCAGGGUUUCCAAUGAAGACACCUUGAACCCAGAGAUGUUUGCUGAGUACACCAACUCGUUGGCCAACAAGUACAUGACCAGCUUCAACUUGGGUGCCGGCAAUCCCGUUGCCCAUGGCAUUCAACAUGUGUUAUCGAACAAGCCACCCCAAGUUCCAUUUGUCGAAGGAAGAUUUGAAGCUCCAUUGACUAACUACUUGAAUGCGCAGUACUUUACUGAAAUUAGUGUCGGUACCCCAGCCCAAUCGUUUAAGGUUAUCUUGGACACUGGGUCCUCCAACUUGUGGAUCCCAUCCAAGGACUGUACUAGUUUGGCUUGUUUCUUGCAUUCCAAGUAUGACCACGAUGCUUCAUCAACUUACAAGGCCAAUGGUACUGAAUUCUCCAUUCAGUACGGAUCCGGGUCUAUGGAAGGUUACAUCUCGCAAGAUGUGUUGAACAUUGGUGGUUUGCAAAUUCCAAAGCAAGAUUUCGCUGAAGCUACUUCUGAACCAGGUUUAGCGUUUGCAUUUGGGAAGUUUGAUGGUAUUUUAGGAUUAGCUUAUGAUACCAUUUCCGUUAACAAGAUUGUCCCACCAGUUUACAAUGCUAUCAAUCAAGGAUUAUUGGAUGAACCUCAAUUUGGGUUCUACUUGGGCGAUACCAGCAAGGACGAAAAUGAUGGUGGGGUAGCUACAUUCGGUGGAUACGACAAGUCAUUAAUUGAUGGCAAGAUUACCUGGUUGCCAGUUCGAAGAAAGGCUUAUUGGGAAGUUUCAUUUGAGGGUAUUGGAUUAGGUGACGAAUAUGCUGAAUUGAGCAAGACCGGUGCUGCUAUUGACACUGGUACUUCCUUAAUUACUUUGCCAUCAUCAUUGGCUGAAAUCAUCAAUGCCAAGAUUGGUGCACAAAAGUCUUGGAGCGGCCAAUACCAAAUUGACUGUGCAAAGAGAGACUCGUUACCUGAUUUAACUUUAACUUUCUCGGGCUACAACUUUACCUUGUCUGCUUAUGACUACGUUUUGGAAGUUGGUGGAUCAUGUAUUUCCGUGUUUACACCUAUGGAUUUCCCUAAGCCAAUUGGUGACUUGGCCAUUAUCGGUGAUGCCUUUUUAAGAAGAUACUACUCUAUCUAUGAUUUAAAGAAGGAUGCUGUUGGUUUAGCUCCAGCAAGGGCCUAAACAGGCCAAGAAUACAUAUUGACCACAAAAAUAAAAAAAAGUCAUGUUAGCCUGAAAAAGUAAGUAGGUAAUUGUUUUAAGUAAUAAAGUUGUAAUCAAAACAUCGCAUUGUGUAAAAAGCUAAAAUUUAGCAAUUGUCUUGGCUAAGUGUAUAUUAACUGCAUUAGCGUGGUCGUGUAGUUAUAUUAAUUGCAUUAGUUUGGUCGUGU